AUGGAAGACGGCCCGCUGCCAGACCUCAGGGACAUCGAGCUGAAGCUGGGGCGCAAAGUGCCCGAGAGCCUGGUGCGCUCGCUCCGCGGGGAGGAACCGCUCCCCCGGGAAGGGGACGCGGACCUCUGCGGGGGGAGCUGCGGCGGUGGAGGUGGCGGCGGCUGCAGCACCAGCAGCAGCAGCAGCUGCAGCUUCCCCCCCUCUGUGUCGUCCUCCUCUUCGUCCUCGCCCACCUCUGGCUCCCCACGACGUGGUCACUCCAGCACUCUUGAGAGGCUAGAAACCAAGCUUCACCUCCUCAGGCAAGAGAUGGUUAACCUCAGAGCCACAGACGUGAGGCUCAUGCGCCAGCUGCUGCUGAUCAAUGAGAGCAUCGAUUCCAUCAAGUGGAUGAUGGAGGAGAAGGCCACCAUCACCAGCCGGGGCAGCAGCCUGAGCGGCAGCCUGUGCAGCCUGCUGGAAAGCCAGAGCACCUCCUUACGCGGCAGCUACAACAGCCUGCACGAUGGCAGCGACGGGCUGGACGGCAUCUCCGUGGGCAGCUACCUGGACACUUUGGCCGAUGAUGUCCCCGGCCAUCAGACCCCAUCAGACUUGGACCAGUUCAGUGACAGCUCCAUCCUGGAGGACUCACAGGCCCUGCGCAAGCCCCCCAAAUUGGACUCGGAGUACUACUGCUUUGGCUAAUGACCCAGUUUUUUGCAUGGGACUGGUGUGCAAUUAACUUGUAUUUAUCCUUCUUCUCUGCUGCUAUUAUUUUUGGUGUGAUUUUUAUAAAUAUAUAUAAAGCAACCUUUUAAAAAAAGAAGCUUAUUUUUAAACUGCUUAAUGAUGUUUCUGUUGAUCCUAAUAGUUCUCAUCUGGACUGAUUUCCUUUUUCUCUCUCGCGUCUGUAUUUUUAUUUAUUACAGUAAUUUUUCUCCCUCUUUUUACAGUGGCACAAGCGAAGUAGGGGGAAAGAACAAGCAAUAAUUCUGUGUUUGUUUCUGUUUUCAGAGCAAGGGGUCAGGGAUUACAUGAAAACCUUUGAUAAAUUUUACAAUAAACCAAAGUCUUAUA